AUGACAUUUCAGGCCGGUGAGCAAGUACUUCUAAAAGUGUCACCCAUUAAAAGGGUGAUGAGGUUUGGUAAGAAGUGCAAACUCAGUCCUCAUUAUGUUGGUCCUUUUGAGAUUCUUGAUCGCGUAGGGCCAGUGGCUUACAGACUGGCUUUACCACCUAGAUUGUUUGGAGUACAUCCGGUAUUCCAUGUGUCCAUGCUAAAAAAGUACCAUGGAGAUGGAGAUUACAUCAUUAAAUGGGACUUCGUUUUGUUGGAUAAGAAUCUUCAGUAUGAGGAAGAGCCAGUGGCAAUCUUAGAUAGUGAAUUUCAAAACUAA